GUUUAUACUGCAUCUUUUGCCUUCUUCGAGGCUCUCUGGGAGGGUGGCGUUAGCCAUGUCUUUGUUAAUCUGGGGUCAGACCACCCGUCGAUUCUCGAGGCUAUGCUGAAAGGACAGCGUGAGAAGAAAGGCCAAUUUCCGAAAAUCAUCACAUGUCCCAAUGAGUGGUGUUCAAUAUGUCUGUUCGGGACGAGAGCCAGGGCUAAUUUUGUUGUUAAGAUGGUAGCACUUUCAAUGGCCGAUGGAUAUGCUCGCCUCACCGGUGAGCCUCAAGCUGUUAUCGUCCAUGUCGAUGUAGGCACUCAAGGCUUAGGUGCCGCGGUUCACAAUGCCUCUUGUGGCCGAGCUCCGGUCCUGAUAUUUGCUGGUCUUUCUCCAUACACAAUCGAGGGAGAGACGAGGGGUUCACGGACGGAGUAUAUCCACUGGAUUCAGGAUGUGCCGGACCAAAAGCAAAUUGUCUCACAAUACUGCCGUUAUACUGGUGAACUCAAAACUGGGAAAAAUGUGAAACAAAUAGUGAACAGGGCCUUGCAAUGGGCCACGAGUGACCCAAAGGGUCCGGUAUAUCUUGUUGGAGCACGAGAGGUCAUGGAGGAAGAGAUUGAGCCUUAUCAAUUGAACCAAAAGGUGUGGGGACCUGUCUCACCCGCCGCCUUGCCCCCAGCGGGAGUCGAGUUGAUCACAUCCGAGCUUGCGAAUGCCAAACGCCCGUUGGUAGUGGUUGGAUAUACUGGACGAAGCGCCCAGGCUGUGACGGAACUGGUCACCUUGGCAAACCACUUCAAGGGAAUCCGAGUUCUAGACACCGGAGGAAGCGACAUGUGCUUCCCUGCCAACCAUCCGGCUUGGUUGGGAUUGCGAUAUCCCGGUCACGAUCUUGUGAAGACCGCCGAUCUUAUCAUCGUCAUUGAUUGUGAUGUACCAUGGGUGCCAACUCAGUUCAAGCCCUCCGACUCGGCGAAGAUUAUUCAUAUUGAUGUCGACCCUCUCAAGCAACAAAUCCCUGUUUUUUACAUCAACUCGAUGGCUACAUUCCGUGCGGACUCAACUACCGCACUUAAGCAGCUUAACGACUAUAUCGGCAUCAACGGCCAGAUCCAACAGUACAUUGGAUCCAAGGACAAUAUAAUCAUGGGGCAGCAGCGUGACGACGAAUAUCUAAAGCGACGACAAGAGAUCACAGACUUGGCUGCUCUGCCAGACGGCGGUGACGAUGCCUUGCUCAACGUUUCAUAUCUUAUGGCGCAAGUUCGCCAGGGUUGCCCUACAGACACGAUCUGGGCAAUCGAAUCGGUCACACUCACACACGCUGUAUCGGAUCAAAUUGCUGCGACAUUGCCAAACUCCUGGAUUAACUGCGGUGGUGGCGGUCUGGGCUGGUCUGGUGGUGGUGCGCUUGGAAUCAAGCUAGCAUCGGAUGUGAAGAAUGGAGGCCCUGGUAAGGGUAAAUUUGUGGUACAGGUUGUCGGUGAUGGUACAUUCCUGUUCUCCGUCCCGGGCUCAGUUUAUUGGAUCUCACGUCGCUACAAUAUCCCUAUUUUAACCAUCGUGUUGAACAACAAGGGAUGGAAUGCGCCCCGGCGAAGUAUGCUGCUGGUUCACCCGAAUGGCGAUGGUUCCCGAGCUACAAAUGAGGACUUGAACAUCUCAUUUGUGCCCACCCCUGACUAUGCUGGAAUUGCGAAAGCUGCGGCUGGUGGGGAGUUGUGGGCCGGCCGGGCCUCCAACGUGGCGGAAUUGGCACAAAGGCUCCCCGAGGCAAUCCAAAGCGUCCUUAGUGGGAAAAGUGCGGUUUUGGAGGCUCAACUGGAUGGAACUGCUGGAAAGUACGUUGAGAGCUCAUAG